AUACUUUUCUGCACCCUGAACACUCACAAGGUGGACAUGCAGAAGCUUCUCGGAGGCCAGAUCGGCCUGGAGGACUUCAUCUUCGCUCACGUCCGCGGCGAGACCAAGGAGGUGGAGGUCACGAAGACGGAGGACGCUCUGGGUCUCACCAUCACGGAUAACGGGGCCGGAUGUGCCUUCAUCAAGCGCAUCAAAGAAGGCAGCAUUAUCAACCGCAUCCCGGUCGUGUGCGUCGGAGACAGCAUCGAGGCCAUCAACGACCAAACCAUCGUCGGCUGCCGCCACUACGAAGUUGCCAAGAUGUUGCGCGAGAUGCCGAAAGCCCAGCCUUUCACCCUGCGCCUCGUGGAGCCGAAACGGGCAUUUGACAUGAUCAGCCAGAGAACAAGAAGCAACAAGGUGCCCAGCGAGGGGAAAGUGGCCAGCGGGAAGGAGACACUACGGCUACGAACCAAGGGCAACGCUACGUUGGAGGAGGCGCCCAGCGAACACGAGGAGGAAGCUGCCGGGAAAGUCGACGACCUCCUGGAAAGUUACAUGGGCAUCCGAGACGUGGAACUGGCCUCGAGCAUGGUGGAGCUGGCCAAGGGACGGCAGGGCUCCGAAGACUUCGCCCACGGCCUGGAUCUGCUUCUGGGCGAGUUCGCCUUCCCCGAGGAGUUUGUCGCCGAGGUCUGGAGAACCAUCUGCGAGGCCAAGGGCAGCCCCAAAUAG